GGGGCAGCGGCGGAAGGGAACGCAGCGCUCCGGGCCGGCAGCAGAUAUUUAUGAAGAAAUCGAUAUCUGUGUACCAUUCACAGCUCUCCUCGACUGAAGAGGUGACAGAAAAGGGCCAAGCGAAGCUGCCUUUCUAAACACUCAGCAUCACAAAUCACUGUUUAUUUCCAAUGCUGCUUCCCAUAAUAACUUAAUACAUCUGUGUUCAGAGCAGUUACAUAGUACAAGCCUUGAGGAAUAUGAAUACCUUCAAAUACAUUUCUGAGUGAGACAGCAAGACAGACAGCUUACCUGGAACAUCAUGACAGAUAGCAUGGAGAUAAUACAGUCUCUACAAAGAGCUGCUCCUCUGCUGCACUUCUUUCUUCUGGAAUUCUAAGCUACCCCGUAAAAAUGGCUACAGAAGAGAAGUGGAAAAGUUCGGCUUCGAAGCAGAAUAGUGGAGCUGAACAAGCAGAAGACAAGGAAUCGUGUGUGCUGCUGAGCCAGCAGCUGGGUGAACCAGGAAAAUUCACUUAUGCAGCACUCUGUGGGAUAUCCCUGGCAUGGCUGUUCCCUGAAAAAGAACAAAGCUCCUUCAGGACAGAGUUCAUUGAGGGCUUGGUGAAAUGGCUGGACCUGCCUGAUGCUGUCUUGCCUGCCAUGACAGCGUUUGCUAGUGGCUUAGGAGAUGAGGGCACAGAAACUUUUGCCCAGCUUUUGCUGAAGGAUCCCACUGUGAAAGAUAAUCCUGUUGUCAUUACCCAGGAUCUUUUGUCCUUCUCUCUCAGAGAUGGGUACUAUGAUGCACGAGUGAGGGUGUUGAUCUGCCAUGUCAGCUGGCUGCUGAGAAUCCCCUUGGAGGAGCUGGAAGCCAUGGAGGAAUCUCUGCUUGAAAGCCUGAAGGAACAAACAGAGGAAGAGUCAGAAACUGCAGAAGUCUCAAGAAAAAAGAAGGAAAGAAGAAGGAAGCUGAAGAGAUACCUGCUGAUCGGCUUGGCAACCGUUGGGGGUGGAACAGUGAUCGGCUUGACAGGAGGUCUUGCUGCCCCCCUGGUUGCUGCUGGGGCUGCUACUAUCAUUGGAAGUGCAGGAGCAGCUGCUCUUGGUUCAACUGCAGGAAUUGCUGUCAUGGCAUCCCUUUUUGGAGCUGCUGGAGCUGGCCUUACUGGAUACAAGAUGAAGAAACGUGUGGGAGCCAUAGAAGAGUUUGAAUUCCUCCCACUUACUGAAGGAAGGCAGCUUCACAUCACCAUAGCAAUUACUGGAUGGCUGUGUGCUGGCAAAUAUGGAAGCUUCACAGCACCAUGGAGCAGCAUGCUGCAUUCGAGUGAGCAAUACUGUCUGGCCUGGGAAUCCAAGUACUUGAUGGAGCUUGGCAGUGCCUUGGAUACCCUGGUGAAUGGUUUUGUUAACAUGAUGGCUCAGGAAGCCCUAAAAUUCACUGUUUUGUCAGGUAUUGUUACGGCCUUGACUUGGCCAACUUCACUCUUGACUGUUGCCAAUGUCAUUGACAACCCCUGGGGAGUGUGUCUGCAUCGGUCUGCUGAAGUAGGCAAGCACCUGGCACAUAUACUGCUCAGUCGACAGCAGGGCAAGCGACCUGUCACACUGAUUGGCUUCAGCCUGGGUGCCAGAGUCAUCUACUUCUGCCUGCAGGAGAUGGCUCAAGAGAAAGACUCCCAAGGGAUCAUUGAAGAUGUGGUGCUGCUGGGAGCUCCAGUGGAGGGAGAGGCCAAGAACUGGAAGGCGAUCACAAAAGUGGUGUCGGGCAGGAUCAUAAAUGGUUACUGCAGGGGAGACUGGCUGCUGGGAUUUGUAUACAGAACCUCUUCUGUCCAGCUGAAUGUUGCUGGCCUCCAGCCAGUCAAGCUGGACGACAGGAGGAUGGUAAACAUGGACCUUUCAUCUGUAGUCAGCGGCCACCUGGACUACAUGAAGCAAAUGGACACGAUUCUAAAAGCUGUGGGCAUUAAAACCAAGGAAUGUCAGCAGGAGGAGAAGGGCAGCACCAGACUUUUCUCCCCUCUAGCCAAGAAAUCACAACGAGCAGCAGGCAGUGAGACUCAGGAAGAGGAAAACACUGUGCAGGAGGAGGAUGGAGCUGACAGUGACUGCCAAGCACCCACAACCAACACCAGCGUGAGCUCUGCACUGACACAGCCUGCGAGUGCUGGCACGAGCAGCGAUGGCAGCCUGCACCCAGGAGAUGAAUCCUUGGCCAGCUGUGCUCACCGACAGGAUUCCCCUGGAUCUCUCUCUGCAGAGAGUUCACCUCCCUGCCCAGCUUGCCCCAGCAGUGCAAAGCAGGCAGCAGGUGAUAACACAGACUGAACUGAACCUCCAAACCUCUCCUUGCAGCUGCCACGUGCAUUGUGCCCAGCAUCAGCUGCACGGAGCCGUCCUCAGCCUCCUGCCCUACACAGUCUGCAGAGCUUCGUGAAUUGCUGCCCUGCAGCUCCCAAGGCUGCCGUGUGGCUGGGUGGGAGGCAGCAGAACCAUCAGCAAGCCCACACUUUGCCUGGCCUGCAUGGAGGCCAGUUGCAGCUCUUUGUGACGGGCAGGGAUGCGCAGCACUAAAACUACUCUCAGAGCACAAUCAGUAAAACCCACAGAGCUGAGCUGCAGCUUUCAGACCCUGCUGAGGGCCCAGCACAUGGCAUCACAGUAUCACAGCUCUCACAGCAAUUUCCCACAGCAUCUCCCACUGACAAGAAAAGGCCGAUUCUGGCCCAAAUCAGUAUAGUUCCUCAGGAAGCAGUGGCAAUCCCCUCAUUGCACAAGCUCUUUUAUUCUUGAGGGAAGCAGCUGCCACCAUUAUCUUUCUGGUACCUAGCUCUUGGGAAAGCAGGUGGCUCUGUGGGUAUCUUUAAGCAUAUUGUGGAGGGGGACUCAUUAGUAGGUCAUUAAAAGCAUUUUUCCACUUCAGCUCUGCUAAGCAGGGGGGCGAAAGGCUGAGAGCCUCUGGCUGCCCUCCCCACUCUGCUGCAGGUUUGCUACCAUGGCUCUGACACUUUCCAACCAACAAGGUUGUUUCCCUUCCUGCAAACUGAAGGUGAUGAGUGUCUGAGACCUCGUUACCACUAGGAACAUGCUUUGAGUCCCAUAGGUGAAGGACAGCCAAAAACAGAAUGGGCUUUUUAUGACUUAGUGCUUCGUGAAGCUUUUUCCCUUGCAAGCCAGCAACACAUGGAGACUUUCUUCUUGCCAUCCCACACACAUCUCCAGCCUUAAAAGCCCCCUCUAGUCAUAUUUUUAAUUGGUUUAAAAUAAAGCUAAUACUUGGCAUAGAA